AGGAGCCCUGAGGGAGUGAAGCGACUUGAUUGUACAAAUGAUGUCUCUGCUCAUACGGAACCUGCAGCGCGUGGUCCAUGUUCGCAGAGCUCCUUUGCGGAAGAAUCUAGAGAUUGCUAGAAGCUGCCUUAGAGUGGGGCAUUUUGAUAUGGGAGUGAUAUGUAUAAAUGAUGCCAGGAUUAGACAACUGAAUAAAAGAUAUAGAAAAAAGGACACAGCAACAGAUGUCCUGUCAUUCCCAUUUCACGAGAAUGUCCAUCCUGGAUUUCUACCUGAGCCAUCAUUUCAAGAUGAAUAUAAUCUGGGUGACAUCUACCUUGGUGUUGAGUUUAUGUAUCGACAAUGUCAAGAAACGCAAGAGGAUUUUAAGAGCAUCUUAACGGUAAUGGCGGUACAUGGUCUUUGCCAUCUGCUUGGCUACACUCAUGACAGGCUAGAAGACUGGAGGCAGAUGUUUGAUAGAGAAAAUGAGGUUCUAUGGGAGAUAAAUAAAACCACUGGAUCUGCUUUAAAGCCACUGACGACAAACUACUUUGACCACUAGUGACAGAGUCAUCUGUGACCCAGAAUUUUCCUAUGUAGAGUUU